UACACAACAAUCCUUCUACUUCUUACAUUUCUACCAACAAAAAGAAAACACAUUCAUAUAGCAUUGAAAAAUUUGAGAAAUGGCACCAGCUCCUAGUCCAAUCAAUUCUCAACACGUGGCGGUGAUCGGAGCCGGAGCAGCCGGUUUAGUAGCGGCCAGAGAGCUCCGUCGCGAAGGUCAUACCGUCGUUGUCCUUGACCGGGAGAAACAAGUAGGUGGUCUUUGGGUAUACACACCUGAAACCGAGUCCGACGAGCUUGGUCUUGACCCGACCCGACCCAUAGUUCACUCGAGCGUCUACGAGUCUCUCCGAACCAAUCUUCCCAGAGAAUGUAUGGGUUACAAGGAUUUUCCGUUCGUACCACGUGGCGAUGAUCCGUCAAGAGACUCUAGAAGGUAUCCGAGUCACAGGGAAGUUCUUGCGUACCUUCAAGACUUUGCUACAGAGUUUAACAUAGAAGAGAUGAUCCGGUUCGAGACCGAGGUGGUUAAGGUUGAACCGGUUAACGGUAAAUGGAGGGUCCAGUCUAAAACCGCCGGCGGUUUUUCCAACGAUGAGAUCUAUGACGCCGUUGUGGUGUGUUGUGGACAUUUUGCAGAACCAAACAUUGCUCAAAUUCCUGGAAUUGAAUCAUGGCCGGGGAAGCAAACACACAGCCACAGUUAUCGAGUUCCUGAUCCAUUCAAAGAUGAGGUAGUGGUGGUGAUCGGGAAUUUUGCGAGUGGAGCCGAUAUCAGUAGAGAUAUUUCUAAAGUCGCAAAAGAAGUUCAUAUCGCAUCUAGAGCAAGUAAAUCCGACACAUUUGAAAAGCGUCCCGUACCUAAUAACAAUCUAUGGAUGCACUCUGAGAUAGACACCGCCCACGAGGAUGGUACCAUUGUUUUCAAAAAUGGGAAGGUGGUACAUGCCGAUACCAUUGUCCAUUGUACCGGGUACAAGUAUUACUUUCCAUUUCUUGAAACCAAUGAUUAUAUGAGGGUUGAUGACAACCGCGUUGAGCCUCUCUACAAGCAUAUUUUUCCACCGGCGCUUGCUCCCGGACUUUCUUUCAUCGGUUUACCAGCAAUGGGUCUACAAUUCUAUAUGUUUGAAGUCCAAAGCAAAUGGGUUUCUGCAGUUUUGUCUGGACGAGUUACACUUCCUUCGGUAGACGAAAUGAUGGAUGAUCUUAAGUUGUCGUAUGAAACACAAGAAGCAUUAGGUAUUCCCAAAAGAUAUACACAUAAGUUGGGUAAAUCUCAGUGUGAGUACCUCGAUUGGAUCGCAGACCAAUGUGGAUUCCCACAUGUUGAACAUUGGAGAGAUCAAGAAGUAACUCGCGGUUACCAGAGACUUUCUAAUCAACCAGAAACUUUCCGUGAUGAAUGGGAUGACGAUGAUCUCAUGGAAGAAGCAUAUGAAGAUUUCGCUAGACAAAAUCUGAUCAGCUUUCAUCCUUCUCGUUUUCUUGAAUCCGGAAGAUGAUGUCUCACUAUGAUUGUAAUGGCGUCUACUUGUUUGGAUUCAAAUGUCAUUGAAUUAUGAAAAUAAUGUGGGAGUAAAUAGUCUAUAAGAGUGUGUGGGUCUUCUUGACAAGGGUUACAUGUUGUUUGAUCUCUGGAAUUAGCUUCAUGGUGCCUAAAAACAUUUGUUUGUAGGACCAAUUUGUUAAAAAUAAAAGUAUGUAGUUAAU